AUAAUAUUGAUUGAUUGAAGAAUUAAACGGAAAAUAAUUUGAUUUGAAUUCUUGAAUAUCCAUAAGCAAAAAUAACAAACAUGACUGAAAAUCAUCAUUCCAAUGGCGGUACAACAACAACAACAACCGGUAAUGGAAUUCUGUCGGACAGCGAUGAUGAACAAAUAACACCAAAAUCACCAUUUUCAAUGGGUGUUUUUAUCGUAAAAUUGAUUGUAAUAUUUUUCGAUAUAAUAACAUUUCCAAUUUAUUAUCUAAUUCAACAACCAUGGAUUGCUAUUAAAAAACAACGUGAAGUUGUUGCAGCAUUAGAAAAUCCAAACGAUCCCUAUUCACCAUAUGUACGGGUUGUUGAUAAUUUUCGUAAUCAUUAUAUAUUGAAAGCACAAACAUUACCGGAAUCACAACAAUUAGUAUUGAAAUUAAAUCCAAAAAAUAUGCCAAUUUUAGCACAAAGAAAAAUAUUAAAUGUUGUUAAACAAUCAUCAAGAAGUGGUAAACAAUUUACUAAAUAUCAUCUUGGAGAAUAUGAAUGGAUGACAUUGGAAGAGGUUGAUAAACAGAUUAGUAAUCUUGCAUAUGGUUUUGUUGCUGAAGGUGUUCAAUAUCAACAAAAUGUAUUGAUAUUUUCUGAAACACGUUUAGGUAAGUUAUGUUAUGCUUACCUAAUUAAGCUGUUCAGGUGAUAAUUUUUCCUAAAUUAAUUAAUUAAUUAACUUUUUCAUCCAAUCUUAAAAUUAGAAUGGUUUUUAUGUGCACAUGCAUUGUUUCGAAUCGGUGCUGUUGUAGCAACAUUAUAUACAACAUUAGGUAAAAAAAGUGUACUAUAUGGAAUACAGGAAACUGAAGUGGAACAUAUUAUAACAACAAGUAAUAUGUUACCAAUAUUAUUUGAAUUGAUUGAUCAAAUGACAUUGGUUAAAAAUAUUUAUGUUAUUGAAGUACAUCAUGGUCUAUUGAAUUCUAAACCAUUAACUGAACAGGAUUUUAAUAAAAAAUUGCAAGAACAAAAUCGUUCGAUAAAAUUAAUAACCUAUGAUUAUUUAGCAAGAAUUGGUUAUUUACGGGAAAAUGAACUUCAAUAUACACCACCAAAACCAAGUGAUCUGGCUGUUAUACUUUAUACAUCAGGUUCAACUGGUAAUCCAAAAGGUGUAUUGGUAACACAUGAAAAUUUUAUUGCAACAAUGCAUGCUGCAUAUGCAAUUUUUAAUGAAGAAAUAAUCGAUGAAUAUGAUGCACAUACAUAUUAUGCAACAUUACCAUUAGCACAUAUAUUUGAAUUAAUGGUCGAAUCAGCAUUGUUUGGUAUUGGAAUUAAAAUCGGUUAUGGAUCACCAUAUACAAUGAUGGAUAAUUCAACAGCCAUAUUGAAAGGACAAAAAGGUGAUUUGAAAUUAUUACAGCCAACAAUAAUGGCAGCAGUACCAUUGCUUAUGGAUCGAAUACGGAAAGCAAUUACCGAUCGUUUUGAGAAAAAGAAAAGUGUUUUUAUGAAACAAUUGGUUAAAUUUUUUCUUGCUUAUAAAAAUUAUUGGCUGGAACGUGGUUUUGAUACACCAAUGGUUAAUGAAUUAAUUUGUAAACGUUUGAAUGGAAAUCUUGGUGGUAAAGUUAAAUAUAUGAUAUCGGGUGGUGCACCACUUAGUCCGGAUACACAACGUAUGAUGAAAGCAUUUCUUAAUGUACAAAUUCUCGUUGGUUAUGGUGCAUCGGAAACAUGUGGUGCAGCAACAUUGAUGAGCAUACAUGAUUUAUCGAUUGGUAAUGUUGGUACACCAUUGAAAAAUGUUAAAAUACGUUUGAUCGAUUGGCUAGAAGGUGGUUAUUCCGUUCAUGAUAAACCAUAUCCACGUGGUGAAUUAGUUAUUGGUGGUAAAUCUAUAGCUAAAGGUUAUUUUAAAUUACCGGAUAAAACUGCCGAAUCGUUUGAAGAAAAAGAUGGUAUAUGGUGGUUUAAAAUGGGUGAUAUUGGCGAAAUUAAUAAAAUUGGUGCCAUUAAAAUUAUUGAUCGUAAAAAAGAUUUAGUUAAAUUACAAUUUGGUGAAUAUAUUUCAUUGGGUAAAGUGGAAACAGAAUUGAAAAAUUUUCCCUAUGUUGAAAAUGUUUGUAUCUAUGGUGAUUCAAUGCAUACUUAUGUUAUUGCAUUGAUUGCGCCUGCACGAGCAAAUCUAGCAAGAUUAGCAGCGGAAAUGAAUAAAAAAGAUUUAACAUUUGAACAACAAUGUGAAGAUCCAGAAUUGGUGGCCAAAAUUCUUAGCGAAUUGAAACAAUUUUGUUCAAGUGUUGGUCUACAUAAAAUGGAAACACCGCAAAAAAUUAAACUUUGUUCAAAAGAAUGGUCAUUGGAUAGUGGAUUUUUAACAGCAUCUAUGAAAAUUAAACGUCGUGAAUUGCAAAAAUUUUAUGAUGAAACUAUUAAAGAAAUGUAUAAUAAUUAAGAUCAAAGGAUAUAGAAUAUAUAGAAUUACAAAUU